ACCAAACCAAAUAAUAAUAAUAACAACAUAAAAGAAAUACCUCACAUAUCCCAACCAUGAAAUUUUCCGCCGCCACCCUAUUUCUGCUUGCAGGUUAUGCGUCUGCAGGUUCUCAAUAUUCCGUGAGUGAUUUUUGUCUUCCAAUCUUUUUCAGUCCAUUCAUAUUUAUCGCUUGAAUGCUAAAUUCAAAACAAUCCGAAAAUGUCUGUUCUUUAAUUUCAGCUCACGCUCAAAGAUGGAGGUUAUGAUUCCGUACGGUCCGCCUUGUCACCUUCCCUGACUUACUCUGGAGAAAGCAAUGGGAUGGAAUAUGGCAGUUCCGUAGAUCUUUCCUCAAGCAGCUGUCCAUAUUCCGUUUGGGGCCAAAAGAAAUACUCCGUUGGAGAAGGAUGGACUAUCAAGGCUCGCUCAGAAUAUUCAAAAGGAAAGUAUGAUUAUGAUGGAGACAGUGCCGGUACCUACAUUACGGUCGAAGGAAGCGACGCCGACGAAGAGACUUUCGUUUGGGGCUCUGGUGUCGUCGGUGGCAAAAAUGUCAAAGCCCUGAAAGUUGGUGCGAAAAAGAUUAUCAAUACCGAUGGAGGGAAAUUCAUGGUUGCACCCCGCCACUCCUUCGAAACAUCGGAAACUCAUGUGUGCCUAGGCUUCACAAAAGAUGAUACCAAAGCAUAUUUGACGCUGUCAGAAGACGAGAAAAGUUUCUUGGUCCAACAGCAACUCGAUGACGACAACUCCGCAAGUGUUAAGGCGGGUUGUUCUGGUUUCGUGGCUGCGACAAUGACCAAUGAAAGUGACCUUGGAUCAACCACUGUGACUGUCACACCGGAUGAUAUUGAUGUUGAGAUCAAAAGUGAUGGAUGGGUUGCCGGGAUCAAAAGUGCUUUGUCGCUUGAUGCCGAACCCACGGUCCGUUUCAGCAAGUCUCUCACUUUCGGAGUUUAAAAGAGCAUGAUUAUACUUCCAAUGAUUAUGAUUCUCAUAAUAAAGAAUUAAACCUCUUUACAUGGA